CGGAGGUGUUCGAGUUCGGGACUGACUUCAUCAUGGCGUACCCUGGGCUGCUCAUCCCCGUCAUCGUCAUGACCGUCUUCUGGGGCUUUGUGGGCGGUGUGCUGCCGUGGUUAAUCCCUAAGGGACCAAACAGAGGGGUCAUUAAUACAAUGCUGGUAACGUGUGCAGUUUGCUGCUAUUUGUUCUGGCUCAUUGCUAUAUUGGCUCAGUUGAAUCCUUUGUUUGGACCACAGCUGAAUUCAGAAGUCAUUGCUUACUUGAAAAACCAUUGGCCUUAAAUAUGUUCCAGGGGAAUGAAGCAUGGAAGACUUGCCUUAAUGUUCUUUCUUCUUCACUAAAUUUGCCUUAACCCUUGUAUUUAAUGACCUGUUACCCAUUCCUCACAAGUGACGCAGUGUUUCUUCUCUGAUGCUCUGAGUUCCUUCAUCUCACUCCAGGGGAGUCAUUGCUUAUGAACAUUUUAUAUGCAACUGUUUCCUGUCAAGCUUCAUUUUGUCACCAGAUUGUAGAUCUUUUCCUGCACAUAUUGCAGCAGAGACGGGAUGAAGCUUGUAUUUUAUUUCUUUGAUUUGGCCUUUUCUACAUCUUUGUAAUUGGAGUAUUUCCAGUCGGUCCCUCAACACUGGAGAUCUUC